AUGGGAAGGGUUGCAGGGAGCCUGGCAGUUAGAGUCAGCGGCACACCGGAGGAACGAUGGGUGUGUGAGGGCUACGACGGGCCAACUGGGAAGCAACAAAUACACUUUGAACUAAAAGUUCCCCAAAAGCUCUGUGGAUAUCGAGGGAAUUAAAGAAACAAAUCAACAGCUGACAUGAGGUUGGCCAGUGUUGGGGUCGGGGUCCGGGCCCGGAGGGCUGCAGAGCCGUCUGAACCAGAGUCGGAGGAAGCAACAGAGCCGGCUCACCACGAGCACUCCCAUGCAGAACACCAUGAGCACUCGCAUACAGAACAUCACCCCGGCCACGACUACAACCACAUGAAGGAGAAGUUCAUGAAUGAACUCGGUCAUCUGCCAAUCCCCGUGUGGGCGGUAGCAGCCAUCGUUGUGGUGGUCCUUGUUUUGGUGGCGUGCUUCAUCUUCUGCCUUUUCAAGAAAUGCUUCGCAAAAAAGAAAAAGCCAAAGAAAGUGAGGGAGAGGAAAGCAGGUCGCCGCAAAAAGGAAAAGGAAGGUGAAGGAGAGGCGGGAGAGAAGGAGGGGGAGGUGAAGAAGGAAGGAGAGGAAGAGGAGAAGGAACAGGAAAAGUUGGGUAAGCUGGAGUUCUCGUUGGACUACAACUUCACAGAUGCCCAGCUCAUAGUGGGUAUCCUUCAGGCUCAGGACCUCGCAGCUAUGGACAUGGGGGGAACCUCAGACCCCUAUGUCAAAGUCUUUUUGUUGCCAGACAAAAAGAAGAAGUACGAGACCAAAGUUCAGCGCAAGAACUUAUGCCCCGUUUUCAACGAGACUUUCAUCUUCAAGAUCCCGUAUGCAGAGUUGGGCGGAAAGACUUUGGUGCUGCAAGUUUUUGACUUUGACCGUUUCUCCAAGCACGAUAUGAUCGGCGAGAUAAAGAUCCCCAUGAACAGCGUUGAUUUGGGACAGCCAAUGCAACAAUGGAGAGACUUGGAGAGUGGUGAGAAGGAGGAGCAAGAAAAACUGGGCGAUAUUUGCAUUUCUUUACGAUAUGUCCCAACUGCUGGGAAACUGACCGUGAACAUCAUGGAGGCAAAGAACCUGAAGAAAAUGGAUGUUGGUGGUUUAUCAGAUCCGUAUGUGAAGAUUGUUCUGCAGCAAAAUGGGAAGCGGAUUAAGAAGAAAAAGACGACUGUCAAGAAAAACACGCUCAAUCCUUACUUUAAUGAGAGUUUCAGCUUUGACGUCCCCUUUGAGCAGAUACAGAAAGUGCAAGUCGUCAUCACAGUGUUUGACUACGACAAACUUGGAAGCAAUGACCCCAUUGGAAAAACCUUCAUGGGUUAUGGAGCUACGGGGGUCGGCCUGCGCCACUGGUCAGAUAUGCUCGCUAACCCUAGGCGUCCAGUUGCUCAGUGGCACACUCUUCUGCCAGAAGAAGAAGUCGACGCGGCAGUCAAAGCAAAACCUCGUUAAAAUCGCACCUUGCUCGAUUAUCAAAUACUGCUGAUGUGUUAUUGUUUAUCCUGAUGUUUUCUCAAUUUGCAUGUUCUGUUUUCCAUUUUGUUUCUUUUACGAUAUUUUAAUAUGUGUGUGUGCAUGUGUGAUGUACAGACAUUUUUUGAUAUUUGGUUGUUACUUGGCUUCCCCCAGUUACCUUAGACAGUAUUGUAAACCAAUAUCACUUUGUAUUUGUAUAAAUUGGAAACACUUAUCUGUAAAUGUUCAUCUUGUGUGUAUGCUCAUGCAUGGGUCUAGUAAAAUCUGGAUGCACAAAGAGUUUCAGAGUUAAUCUGUGUUCUGAAAAGUUACUCUGAAAACAUGGUCGAGCAGGGACACUCAACGCGCUUUACCCAUGGGCCACUUGCAAAAUGACAGAAGACCAGGGACCAGUUAAUACACAAACAUUAAUAACAUUUAUCAGUACAUAUAAUAAAUUAAUUUCCUGCUUUCCACCUCUCAACAUUUGCUGUCCUCGUGUAUCUUUGCCAAGAGACAAAUCCAGCUGCAGCAUCUCUGCACAGGUCAGGUGUAUAUGCAGGGGUGUCAGCAAGCCACCCGGCACCCUAUUGCAGGCCAGAUUUGGCCCAUGGGGUGUAAGUUGAGGAUCACUGUGGCAGAGCUUCUACAUUUCACAGUAUGCAGUCCUGAAACAUGCUUGUUGUAAUGCUCUGGAUCUUUUCAAAUCCAAAUAAACUCACAAUGGACAGUUUCA